AUGCAGCGUACGAGAGAAUAUGUGGCCGAACAGUCGGCCCAACUCAACUCACAACCUGCUGCCCCGCAAUUGGUACAAUCAUCUGCCCUGCAACACACACGCUCUCCUGCAUCUCAAUUCGAUCAGCCCACCAACUCAGAAGCCUCCUUCCGCUACUUCCCCGAUCCAUCUGAGGAUCAUCGGAGGAGGUGCUCAACUGAAAACCGCCAUGACCACUCCAGUGACUUAAUGCGUUACUUGCCCGGCCCUACCUUAACCAUCCUGAGAAGGGCCUGCAGGAAAUAUGGAAGCGUUUGGAAAAAAUGCUACGGGUCCCCUGAAGCCAUCGAAGACUCACUCUUCGAAAGGAUCCAUAGGUUCCCAAAGGUAACCAAGGACUACGACAGACUGAGGGAGCUAAGCGACCUCCUCACCGAACUCCAAGCAGCUAAGGACGAUGGUGAUCUCCCCGGCCUUGCCCUCCUGGACACUGCUCGGGGUCUCAGGCCUAUUGUGGAGAAGCUUCCGCCUACACUACGAGACCAAUGGACCUCCCAUGGCACGACAUACAAGCGGAAACACCAAGUGCCAUUCCCCCCAUUCUCGGUGUUUACUAAGUUCAUCGAACAACAAGCAGAAGAUAGGAACGACCCCAGCUUUCGUCUUACCACAGAUACUUGGCCCUCGCAAAACAUGGACCGAACAACCACACCACAGCGGAAAGAAAUUUCAGUCCACAAGACUCAGAUUGCAUCAAAAGAUAUCAAAGAGAUAUGCCCCAUCCAUAACCUGCCUCACCCUCUUCGUAGUUGCCGGGCAUUUAGAAGCAAACCCUUUCCAGAGAGACAAGUUUAUCUGAGACAACACAACAUCUGUUUCCGAUGUUGCGCUACCCAUGUCAACAAGGACUGCAGGUUCAAGCCUAAAUGCGCUGAGUGUGGCAGUGAAAGCCACAACACUGCUCUUCACCCUGAACCCGUACCACAAACGACACCCAUCAGAGCCAUGCCAAACCAUGGCGGGGAGAACAACGAUAUUACAGCCCACUGCACACAGGUUUGUGGUAGCAACUUAAUCGAAAAAUCUUGUUCAAAAAUUUGCCUGGUGAAGGUGCAUCCACAAGGCCAGAGAAACAAGGCAGUCAGGAUGUAUGCCGUGAUCGACGAACAUAGCAACAAGUCACUUGCUCGUCCAGAGUUCUUCGAGUUGUUCAGUGACCACGGCCCCACAUCUUCUUACUCACUUAGGACUUGCGCUGGAGUCAUAGAAACGUGCGCUGAUGUGCCGGAUAAUCGCGCAGAAAUCCCAACACCAGAUGCAGCCCUUCACCACAAACACUUGGCUAGAAUAGCAGCGGAGAUUCCUAACUUGGACCAGCGGGCCCCUAUUUUGCUACUCCUGGGUCGUGACAUUAUUGAAGUACAUAAGGUUCACGCCCAGAUCAAUGGUCCUCACAGCGCCCCUUAUGCUCAGAAAUUAGACAUGGGCUGGGUGAUAGUGGGGAACGUAUGCCUCGGGGGACGCAUAAACCGUCCACUGUUGACACCUUCUUCACCAGCACCCGAGAAGGAAGCCGCCCAACAAACUUUGAGCCUUGUCCCAACAUUUCCGAGCCAAGGAAAGAUACUGCCGGAAAGGAUUGGGCAGCUCCGUCUUUCAACCGACCAAGGAGGACGACCGACUGGCCUACUCCAUAGAGGACAGAAUCUUCCUUGA